GAAGAAGAAUUGUAUUUAAAGGCAAGUGUGAAGUAAAAUUGUCAUCAGUUUAACUUUGUUACACAACAGUAAAACAACCGCCAAAACAAAAUCAAAAUGUUCAAAUACUUCGCUCUCGUCUUCGUCGCCCUCUUCGCCUUCGCUGCUGCCGAGCCUAAACCAGCUGUGGUAGCUGCUCCCUUGGCCUACUCUGCACCAUUGGUCGCUUCUCCUUACGCUGCCGCCUAUGCUGCUCCAUAUGCCGCUUACGCCGCUGCUCCUUAUGCCGCCUACGCUUCACCCUACGCCGCCUACUCCGCUUACCCAUACGCCAGCGCUGCUUAUGUGCUCCGCAAGUAAAUGGAAAGUAGCAACAGAGAUCUGUGAUAGUAAAUUGGAUUUGAUUGGCAAUGAAAAUGGACACAAUUUUACUGGCCUCAAUAAGAAAAUAAUAAAAUAAAAUAAGUGAUUACAAAACGAAA